UGGCUCUUGGAGUCUUUGAGUUUGCAACCCUGGCCUCUAAAGGCCCUUCCAGCUCGGAUUUCACUAACUCAUGCAAUAGAAAUCCUUUGAGUGUUUAAUACGUGUAGGACUCAGAGACAAGUCUAUUUUACAGAUGAUGGGAGGGAGGCUCAGACGGGGGCUGUGACCUGCCAGAGUCACACGGUUAUCGGCGGGGUUGCAUCUGAGCCACACUGACAAUAGACAACUGAUCCAAAAGCGCUUUGGCCAAAAUUAAUUGAAUACUGACUGUGUCCAGCGGCAGACCACAGCCCCUAACAAGACAGACAAGAGCCUGCCUUCCCUGGGCUGAUACUGCAGCCCCUGGAGCUGAGUGAUCAACAGAUAAAUAUGCAAUGACACUGGGGCUAGCUGGGAAGGUACAGAUACAACCUAGGGUGGCCACAGGGAAAGAGGAGACAACGCUACAGCGGUUUCCUGAGGAAUGAGAGUCUGAAGCCAGAGCCGGCGUGGACUCCCUUCCUCCUCUGGUGCCCAGCGUGGACCCUUGGCAAGGACCAGGAGAUUGGGAGGGGAAUCCCUCCCUCCUUGUGGCUGAUUUUCACUAAGACGGUGGUGACACGUGGCUCAAGAGCCAGGCUGCCUGCCAGGGUGUCUGCUGCUCACCCACCAUCCCACCUCAGAUGGGAACUCAAUCUCUCUGGGCCUCAGUCUCCAAAUCUGUAAAAUGGAGUCGAUUUCAGUGUCUAGCUCACAGAGGUAUUGGUGGCAGGAUGAUGUGAAUUGUGAAUUCUAGUCAGUGAGUGUCACCUGGGUCGUAGCUGGAGGUCUCUCUACAGUGGACUGUGAUCUACAGUGAGCCGUGAUCCCUGAGGACUGGGGAGAGGCUCCGAAGGGCAGAGUGCAUCCAUCCCAUCGGGAGAUGUAGGGCACAUGAUAGGUAAGAAAAUCGAGACCAAGCCUGAUCACAGACAGUGGAGAGGAGCUGAAUUGGUGCGACCCGGCGAGCCUCCCCUGGACCUGGGCAGCAUCCCCUGGUUGGGCUAUGCCUUGGACUUUGGAAAAGAUGCUGCCAGCUUCCUCACGAGGAUGAAGGAGAAGCAUGGUGACAUCUUUACUAUACUGGUUGGGGGCAGGUACAUCACCGUCCUCCUGGACCCACACUCCUAUGACGCGGUGGUGUGGGAGCCUCACACCAGGUUCGACUUCCAUGCCUAUGCCGUCUUCCUCAUGGAGAGGAUUUUUGAUGUGCAGCUUCCACAUUAUAGCCCCAGUGAUGAAAAGGCCAGGAUGAAACCGACUCUCCUCCACAGAGAGCUGCAGGCACUCACGGAAGCCAUGUAUGCCAACCUCUGCACGGUACUGUUGGACGAUGCUACGGAAGUGGGCAGUGGCUGGCACGAGAUGGGUCUCUUCGACUUCUCCUACAGCUUUCUGCUCAGAGCUGGCUACCUGACUCUUUACGGAAUUGAGGCGCUGCCACGCACCCAUCAGAGCCAGGCUGAGGACCGCAUCCAUUCAGCUGAUGUCUUCCACACCUUCCGCCAGCUCGACCGGCUGCUCCCCAAACUGGCCCGUGGCUCCCUGUCAGUGGGAGACAAGGACCACAUGUCCAAUGUCAAAAGUCACCUGUGGAAGCUGCUGUCCCCAGCCAGGCUGGCCACGAGGGCCCACCGGAGCAAAUGGCUGGAGAGUUACCUACUGCACCUGGAGGAGAUGGAUGUGUCAGAGGAGAUGCAGGCACGGGCCCUGGUGCUGCAGCUGUGGGCCACACAGGGGAAUAUGGGUCCUGCUGCCUUCUGGCUCCUGCUUUUCCUUCUCAAGAAUCCUGAAGCCCUGGCUGCUGUCCGUGGAGAGCUCGAGAGUAUCCUUUGGCCAGCAGAGAAGCCUUUCUUGCAGAUGACCACCCUCCCGCAGAAGGUUCUAGACAGCACACCUGUGCUUGACAGCGUGCUGAGUGAGAGCCUCAGGCUUACGGCUGCUCCCUUCAUCACCCGUGAGGUCGUGGUGGACCUGGCCAUGCCCAUGGCAGACGGGCGAGAAUUCAACCUGCGACGUGGUGACCGCCUCCUCCUCUUCCCCUUCCUGAGCCCUCAGAGAGACCCGGAAAUCUACACAGACCCAGAGGUAUUUAAAUACAACCGAUUCCUGAACCCUGACGGAUCAGAGAAGAAAGACUUUUACAAGGAUGGGAAACGGCUGAAGAAUUACAACAUGCCCUGGGGGGCGGGGCACAAUCAUUGCCUGGGGAGGAGUUACGCAGUCAACAGCAUCAAACAAUUUGUGUUCCUCGUGCUGGUGCACUUGGACCUGGAGCUGAUCAACGCAGAUGUGGAAAUCCCUGAGUUUGACCUCAGCAGGUAUGGCUUCGGUCUGAUGCAGCCGGAACAUGACGUGCCCAUCCGCUACCGCAUCCGGCCGUGACACAGGGAGCAGACGGAUCCAUGCACUUGCCUCUGCCCAGCCUGCCCCAGCCUCCUAGCUUUCUGCGUGCACAGUUGGCCUGGGUGCAGGGGCCAGCAUUACCACUUCCCUGCUUUUCUCCCAGAAGGCUGGGUCCAGGGAGGGGAAAAGCCAAGAGACGGUGAACAAAGCUCUAUGGAUUAUCGGCUGCAAAGUUUUCUUUCCAAAAUCAGGCCUUAUCUGCUCCCAACUCACCUCAUUCAUCAUUCAGAUUUCUUCAGGGCCAGGAGGCGCUGUGAAGACAGACAAGGAGGAACUAGGAGUCCUCACUGCUCUGCCCCCAACUCCCGGAAGGCCACCUUCCCUGCUCCUAUCAGCUAUCAUGGUCCAGGCCUUAUCCAGUCAAAGCAGAUACUUGCCACAGAAAGGCCACUCAGGACCUAGCAGUGUGUCCAUUGAUGUCAUUCAGCAGUCAGUCCCCCAAUGAUCCUUAAACCAGCUAAAGCCAAAGGAGUCCCUUAGAAUAUCUGCUUCCCUGGAUGCCCCAUUUACCAGACACUUCCCUCACUGCUCACACUACGUGAGAAAAUGCAGGAGAGCUUUCCUCAAGGCUGAUGCGUUCUGGGUACGGAACAGGGGCACCCUCCAAACACGGGGCUCUGAGGAGUGGAGUUUCCUGCUCUAGAGUGACAGGCACCAGAUGGGAUGGGUUUUCUCAGUGUCAGCACACAGGCAGGGAGCUAAGGAAGACACAGGCCAGAGGAGAUGGCUGGAAGAAGCCACCCAGGACUCCUUAGACUGUUCAAACCAAAAAAGAAGGUGCUGAUCUCAUGCAUUCUAGUGCAGAAGCCCAAACUGUGGUCACGAUCCAGUCUGCAGACCUGCUUUGUUUGGACUGCACUCAAAGAAAAUUACCUUAGUUGUUAUCAUCUUUGGGAGAGUUCAUUCAAAAUGUCCAGCUUCUCUUGGAAACAUGGUAUAUCUGACCACACUGGGCUCACAUUCCCAAGGGUAACUCUUGGCCAGAGCUGAAUGGCAGGCGCCUCCCUUAUGCAGGCUAGGAGCUCUCUGCUUCACUGCCGGGUCUGCUUCUGCAUUCACAGUGCCUCCUGGCCCUGAAGGCAUCUGAGUGUGAGACCCUGCUCUAACUCUUAGAAGUGACAUUACAAGAGGUGGUGGGGACCAGCUAAUUGGUCCGACCGAGCCUGAGUGCACCACCCUUUGAACAAAUGUAUCGGUGAUGAAAACUUGCCUUUGCCCCAGCUUUAGAACAAAAAGCCUAUGCCAGGCACCGCGGCUCAUGCCUGUAAUUCCAGCACUUUGGGAGGCUGAGGUGGGUGGAUCACCUGGGGCCCGCAGUUCAAGACCAGCCUGGUCAACAUGGUGAAAUCCCAUCUCUACUAAAAAUACAAAAAAUAGCCAGGCGUGGUGGUACACUCCUGUAAUUCCAGCUACUCAGAAGGCUGAGGCACAAGUGUCGCUUGAACCCAGGAGGUGGAUGUUGCAGUGAGCUGAGAUUGCACCAUGGCACUCCAGCCUGUGUGACAGAAUGAGACUCUGUGUCAGGAAAUAAAAUAAAAUACAGCUUAAAGAGGAAAAUGGCCUACAAACCUUUUUUAGAUGCUAAAUACUUAUAUUAAUAUUAGGUCCUGUUUAUUGAGACCCUUUACAUGCCUGCAAUAGGCCCUUUUGACAGUAUUUCUAGAAACACAGCAUUUCUGUGAAGAGAAGGAGGGCUGUGCCUGCUUUGUAGAUGAGAAAACCGAGCCGCGGCCACAUAGCUCAUAAGCGGUAGAACUCCGUGGGCAGAUUGACUGUCCUGGGAGCAAAUCUGGAUGGGCAACUCCUGUUCCUUGGGCUCAAGGGGGAUGGUGAUGGGGCAAUUGUUUUCUACAGAGAGCUGACAGAGUGAGAGGCACCUAAACAUGGGGACAUCUCGUAAGUCACAUGAUGAGCUCCCUGUAGCUUUAGCUGGAGGGAGAGAAAAGAACCCCAGACCUCUGAAUGUCCCAGAGCCUAGUCUCUUCUCAGAGCAGCACUGGGGUUUGGGGGCUUCCCUGGGCCUCCGCCUCCAGGCACCCCCAGGAUUCCCAGAGAGACACUGUGAUUGGCAGGAGGCGGGAUAUCCCCAGGGAAACCCAUCUUCACGCCUGGGUGACCCCCGCUGCCGCCUCCUUCUUAACUCUGCGGGAAAUCAGAGCUGGCAGCCUCCAGUGGGAGGACAGAGCCGGUUUCCGUGGCAACCCUCAGCUGCCUCAUGGUGGCUGGGAAGGGAAGGAAGCAAGCCGGCAGAAAUAGCUGUGGAAGGUCUCGCGCAGGCUGCAACCCUGGUGUGCUGGGGGAAAACCCUUAUGACUUCCCCCUUCCAAAUCAGGCUGGGUUGUCACCGAGACUAGAUUCUCACCUGCCUUCAAAGAAGGGCCAAUUCCCUUUAAAGGUCGCACCUCCUUGAAGCCGUGAUCAUUAGUGAAUUACGCUCAAGGAAAAGACCUGCUCCCACAAGGCAGCUCCAGCUGUUGCCUGAGAUACUGAAGUGCAGCUCAGGAGUUGAUGAUUUAAAGCUGCCCUUGUUUUAUUUGUUAUUUUUUCUUUCUCUCUUUUUCUCUUUUAAAUAAAUAGGAGCCAGAAAGAAACGAGGGAGAGAUGAGUGGGUUAGCUACCUGCUACCUGCUAUAGGAAGGUACGUGGAUGCCAUGGUAUUUCUUCAUCCUUAGCUUAAGAAUAAAAACUGCUGGCUGGGCGCAGUGGCUCACGCCUAUAAUCCCAGCACUUUGGGAGACCAAGACGGGAGAAUGACAAGGUCAGGAGUUUGAGACCAGCCUGGCCAACACAGUGAAACCUCGUCUCUACUAAAAAUACAAAAAUUAGCCGGGCAUGGUGGCAUGUGCCUGUAGUCCCAGCUACUCGGGAGGCUGAGGCGGAAGAAUCACUGGAACCCAGGAGUCGGAGGUUGUGGUGAGCCGUGAUUGCACCACUGCACUCCAGCCUGGUGACAGAGCGAGACUAUGCCCCCUCGACCCCCUGCCAAAAAAGAAUCAAAAUUGCUGGACAUAUGUAAGGAAUAUUCUUUUUUUUUUUUUAAAGCUCAGUGGCAAGAAUUAAAUACUCUUAAGUUAACCUAAUGAAGUGUUUCCUUACCAUUAUGAUUAUUACUAUUAUUUGCUAUCUUUUAAUAUUGUUGUUUACCAAAUAUUCUCCUUUAAACAGAGUCGCUUUUUACAUUUAAAUUUAUUUUAAAAAGGAACUUUUUUUUCUAUUGCUGCCGAUAGUGGAUAACAUGUAUCACUCACUGCCAAAAAUAGAAAGUGAUCGGGCUGGGCACGGUGGCCCACGCCUGCAAUCCCAGCACUUUGGGAGGCCAAGGCGGGUGGAUCACGAGGUCAGGAGAUCGAGACCAUACUGGUCAACAUGGUGAAACCCCAUCUCUACUAAAAAUACAAAAAAUUAGCUGGGCACGGUGGCACGUGCCUGUAAUCCCAGCUACUCAGGAGGCUGAGGCAGGAGAAUUGCCUGAACGCAGGAGGCAGAGGUUGCGGUGAGCCGAGAUCGCUCAGUGGCACUGGGGAGGGGGCUCCAUGCUGGUUGGCCAAGGCUCAGAGCUGUCUCUUCUCUGUUACAAAACCAGAUAAGCAAGUGUUAGCAUUGCCUUAAGGCCACCUGGCAUCUCCCUGAUCUUCUCCAGGGACAGAAGGAGGAGUGAGUUGCUCAUCACACGGGCCACCAGGGCCAUCUCCUCCCACCAGUGGCUCCCACCCACAAGGAGCUGGCAAUGUCCUACCUGCCUGUCCUCCAGAAGGAGAAACAGGCUCUGAGAGUUCACAGGUCUUGCCCAAAGUCAUUGAUUUUGAUCAUUAAGAACAAUAAAUAAAGACUGUGUUUCCUGAGUAGCAGUGAUUGUUGUGCUUUGCUAUUUUAAUAAAGAUUCUAUUUUCAUAUAACAUUGUCAAGUGAAAACAUGCUGAAAUCUAUUAAACCAUCUUGUUUGUGGAA